AUGAUAAUUAAUAAUGAUAACCUUCAACAAUAUAAAAUAGGUAAACAGAUUUUAAUCAAGACACUCUUAUCAACAUCAAAACAUAUAAGUGUUGCUUCACAAUUUUGUAAAACAAAUCAAAAGUCAAAUGAUCAAUUGAAUGUCAUAUGUGUAUAUGAAAUAUGUAAUUGUAAAAGUGCAUUAAAUAUUGAAGAUAUAUCAGAAUUUCCAGAUGAUCAAGAAGUAUUAAUUCUACCAUAUUCAAGAUUUGAAAUAAUUGAUAUCCAAUACACAAGAUCGAAUACAUCGAGAAUCGAAAUAAAACUAAAACAAUUUAAUCUGGUUACGACAACUCAUCUUCCUAAUUAUCGAUUCACCAGAACAAACAAUAAUGAUUUAUACACAUGUCUUUCAUCAUUAUUACCAUUGACAGUACGUACUAUUUAUCCAUGUAGUACUAUAGCAAAUCAAAACAAUUUUCAAUAUAAAUGUGUUCAUUUUAAUAUUACUAAUUUAUCUGCUAUUCGUGAUGGACGAUUUUCUCAUUCACCUGCUGUGAUUGUGUAUGCAACAGACAGUAGUGAUGUACAAAAUGUGCUGGUAUGUGCAGCAAACUUAAACUAUGUUGUGAAUGCAUUAAGUGGAGGGCAUAGUUAUGAAGGUUAUGGAUUAGGUUCAACAUACAAUAAUAUUAUAAUUAACAUGGAAGGAAUUAAUUAUAUAAAUAUUAAUCAGCAUGAUAGAACAGGAACAUUUGGAGCUGGUACAAGACUUGGUCCAAUCUAUUAUGAAGCAUAUCAAUCUGAUAACUAUACAAUUAAUGCUGGAAGUUGUCCAUGGGUAGGACUUGCUGGCCAUGCACUUGGUGGUGGAUAUGGACUGCUUUCUCGGUUGCAUGGAUUACUAUCUGAUAAUGUUUUGGAAAUGAAAGCAGUUAAUGCUCA